AUGGACAGGUACCGUGUGCGGGCCGGAAAGCAAACAACCAUUAAUGCACAGUACAAGAUCAAAGAAGCAAAGAUUACUUACGAUUACAUCUGUGAUUUCUUUAUUGAGGGUGCCCUUGCUUAUAAUGUUGCUAGUCUCAAAUCAUUUGCUCGAAUGAUAGAAGCAAUUGGACAAUUUGGUCCAGGAUUGAAGCCACCCACACCUUAUCAGCUUGCCAAUCCUUUGCUGAAGAUACAAGUCGAGAAGGUAGAUGAAAUGUUGAAGGCCCAAAAGGAGGCAUGGGCUUCUACUGGAUGUUCUAUAAUGACAGAUGCUUGGACUAAUAGACGUGGAAGAAGCUUAAUGAAUUUGGUUGCUCAUUCUGCUAGAGGCGUGUGUUUCCUUCGUGUCGUUGAAUCUUCAACAGAGGUUCAUGAUGCUAAGUAUAUCUACAGCUUGGUAAUGAGUUGCAUAUCUGAAGUUGGUGCUGAAAAGAUUGUACAAGUGGUCACGGACAAUGCGUCCAACAAUAUGGCGGCGGCAAAGUUACUUAAGCAGAAGCACCCUCAGAUAUUUUGGACCUCAUGUGCAGCUCACACCAUCAACCUAAUGAUGCAGGACAUCGGUAGUAUACCCAUUGUUAGAUCAACAAUUACCAAUGCUAAAACCAUUACAAAUUUCUUCUAUGCACACACUAGAUUGCUGGCUUUUCUUCGCAAGUAUGCCAAAGGUGAUCUGGUUCGAGCCGGUGCUACUAGAUUUGCAAGUCAUUACUUGAACUUGAAGAGUUUGUAUACAAAGAGAAAGCAAUUGAAGCUACUGUUUGCAUCAAAUGAUUGGGCUGAUAGUUCUUAUGCUAAGAAGCAGUUAGGAAAACGUGUGUACAAGCUUGUAAUGGACAAUAGGUUUUGGGCCAAGAUCAACCUGCUAGUGAACUAUUUUGAGCCACUUGCAAAUGUGCUUAGGAGGGUUGAUGGAGACACCCCAGCCAUGGGUUUUUUAUAUGGUGAUCUUCUACAAGCAAAGCAAGAAAUAGCAGCAAGGCUGAAUCACAUUGAGAACAAAUAUGUUCCUAUUUGGGAGAUCAUAGAUAGCAGGUGGGAUAACAAGAUGAAAACUGCAUUGCAUAAAGCUGGGUAUUUCUUGAACCCUUUCUUCUACUAUGACAGACAGAAUGAAAUGGCAGAAGAGGAUUUCCUGGAAUCAGUCAUAGAAUGUGCAUCUAUUAUGUACAAAAAUGACACAGAGGUGCAAGACAAUAUUGUAUCACAGCUUAGUUAUUAUACUGAAGCCAUAGAUUCAUUUGGAACUGAGAUGGCCAUUAGACAACGCAAGGUAGCAACUAUCAGCCCUGCAAGGUGGUGGACUGUGCAUGGAACCACUGCUAAGGACUUGAGGAAGAUGGCAAUUAGAAUCUUAAGCUUAACUUGUAGCUCUUCAGCAUGUGAAAGAAAUUGGUCUGCAUUCGAGAUGGUACAUUCAAAAAAGAGAACCAGAUUAGGUGAAAAGAAGUUGAAUGAUCUUGUUUAUGUGAUGUUCAACAAAAUAUUGGAAUCAAAGUACUCUGAGAGGGAAAGGGAUCCAUUGGUUGCAAAGUACAUAGAAGAUGAGCUGCCAAAUGAGUGGAUGUUAGAUGAAGAGCUACUAAAAGAUGACGAACCAUCUGAAGAUGAAGCUGAGGUUACCAUCAGUUUAAAGAGGAAGCAAAAAUCUAAAGCUUCAACAAGUAGAGGAAAAAGGGCAUGUACUGCUAUUGGUGUUGAAGAGGAGGAGAUGGAGGAAGAGGAUGAAUCAUGGCAAGAAGAAGAACUAGAAGAAGAGGGCCAAGAUGAUGAGGAAAACAUCGAUGAGGAUGACCAAGUAGAGAUCGAUUUGAAUGAAGAUGAAGAAGAUGAUGGGGAUGGCGAAUGA